AUGCUUGAAAUCGGCCCCAAAGAGGGGGCGAAACAGAAGAGCCCAGCUGAAGUUUAACUGCACUUUUCAAUGAGCAUCUAGCCCUUUAUUACGGGGGAGACAAGGACCCGCCCGAAUCUGUGGAAGGGCCUUCACUCUUCGAAUACGUUUAUUCAAUUUCGGCCCAAAACAUUCUUGCUUCGUCUUCUUCUUCUGGCGAUACAUGCCUCGUUUACUGCUUUCUUUCUCCUCCCAAUUGUUUUGUGGACGAGAACAAAGAGCUGACAGAAGUGACCAAAAGGAACUGGACAACGAAGAAGAAGAAGAAGACGUGAAAAUUUGAUUGGCAACACAACGGGGUCUCUGUCUCUGUGUGCGAGCAUUCAUUCGGUUCAUUUGGGUUCUGUUGGGAGCACACACUUUGCCACGUCAUAAGGGUGCCCGAUCCGUCAUUUUCGAGUAUCGUUUGUUGCCGAAACCCGGAUGAUAUAUGAUAGCUUCAUGGCGUGUAUUUACCAAAAACGACAUAUGUCAACACGUACUUGACAUUCAGUUUGAUUACCGUAAAACGGCAGAGAGAGCGCUGGUGACGAGGAGAGCACCGACAGGAGAUUGCACCUGUUCGUGUUGUUGAAGAGGCGCUUACAAGCCUAUCAUGGCAUGGCUAAUCUGACGAAAGCCACCCGUCCCCCGGACGGAGCCUGGUGUUUGUCUUGUCUCUUAAUUAACAUGGGCGGCUCGCUUUUGAGUUUAUUCCAAAGGCUCUGAAGGUGUAUGAAUGGACGGGACGGCCCGGGGAGAUGAGGAGACGGGACGGGACGGCUCGAUGACAGGAAAUGACAUCUUCAGUUUCAAUUCCUUAAGCGGUUGAGUACACAUUUAAAUGGGAAUUGCGAAGCACAGGCGAACGGGGGAAGACAUUUGAGACACUGGAUUCAAGGGGACAAAAGUAAAUUCUCUGUGCAAAUCGGUGCUGUUUUUCAGGACAUUCUGUUCGAUUUCGUCUCGAAAAGGGUGGUCAAGUUCGUGCUUCACACCAAUGCGCCAGGCCAUUGCGACUUCGGAAUGUACGUAUUUAAAGAGAAUCCUUUUGCUUUUGUUUCUUUCUUUUUGAUUUGAUUCCGUCAAUGCAUCGGCGGAACAAUUGGAUUAAAGGAAAAUGCCGACGGGCUUGCUUUGACAGCUGAUUGACACGGAAUGAUGGACGAUAAACUGAUUGUUGCAGGUACUCGAGAUGCAACUUCUCGAUCUUUCUGAAGGAAAAGGCAUGCGAGAUCCACACCGAUUCCAAGGUGAGAAUCUGAAGAAGACGUGGUAGGAAGGAAUCUAUCCCCUAGUUGUUCAUUCAUUUUGAAAACGAACACAAUCUCGGAACAUAUUUCGUAACACAAAACCAGUCGGGCAUAAAUAAUGCAGUAUUUCCACAUCUUCCUACUCCCUAAUCGUGUUCGUUUUCAGUACGAAGAGAUAUCGGCGGUCUUUAUGGACGCUGAAAAGGCCCCCGACCGUCCAGUCGUGCUUUCCCGCCAGGAGCAGCAGCCAUUCGGACCCUCGUUCUGCUAUGGAACAAAGCAGGUCAUCGUCGAGGUAUUCUGCCACGUGGCCCCAUCCAGAAGGCUCACGUGGAAUUGUUUCAGGUAAUGGAGAACAACUACCUGUCUUCGGUAACGAUCUACGACGCAUCGAAGGAAAAGUAA